CUGAAGGCAGGGUCUAAGACAGAGCUGCCGUACUGGCUUGCAAGCAUGUUGUGUAAAAUGCAAUUCGUUCGCAUAGAUGUGCCAAAAGUAUACACUCCCAAGUACACGGCGAAGCUCAUUGCUGGACCUGAGACCGUUGCUAUGAGCGACUGGAGUCCUUGGUACUUCCUACUGGCGCGCAGAUACGCUGAGAUGACUAUCAGUGGCUUCAACAUCGGCGAUGAGCUGACGCAGAAGGUCGAGAACUUAAUCCCAGUGUUAAAGGAGACUCUACUGACAAGGUUCCGCAAGAUCAUCUUAACGGACCACAGCCGACAGGGCGAUAUGUCUCUGUUGAUGCGCAAACUCUCCGAUGUCGAGAGACGAUUGGUGGUGAAGAAGGAGCUGGCCGUGACAGACUACGAGGACUGGCGCAAGAGCAGCUACACGGCAGGUCACGUCUCUGGGGCACAGAAGCGCAGGAGGUGACCGUAAUAUUGUACACUAUAAUAAAC